AUGGAUUACCUUGACUAUUUCAAUGACAGUAAGAGACCACCACCAAGACCAGAAAGAAGGUUGCUAAAAGACAGGAGCAACCCACUAAAUGAUUUUGAUGAUUUACAUUUUCUUGACCGUUUCCGUAUGUCAAAGGAAAAUGCAACAGAAAUAAUUGGUUUGCUGCAGCCCAAGCUUACAGGUGACUUAGUCAGAGGCACCCCUAUUUCUCCUUCCUUACAAAUAUUAAUUACCUUAAGGUUUUUGGCAUGUGGAACCUACCAUCGGGAAACUGGGGAUUUGUGUGGUGCCACCUGCAAGGUAGAUUUCUAUGAAUAUGGGAACUUCCCUGGAGUCAUUGGUUGUAUCGAUGGCUGCCACAUUCCCAUCAAGUGUCCCUCUACAUCAGAUGCUGAGGAAUUCAGAAAUUGUAAAAACUGGUUUUCAAUAAAUGUACAAGGAGUGUGCACUCCCACUAUGCAGUUCUCCAAUAUUGUUGCACGCUGGAAAGGUUCAACUCAUGACUCAAGGAUUUUCCACAACUCCUCUUUAUAUACUCAGUUUGAAGCAAGACAACACUCUGGAAUUCUACUUGGUGACAGUGGGUAUGCGCAGACAAACUUCUUGUUCACUCCUUAUCCCCAUCCAGUCAGACCAGAGCAACAGCGCUAUAACCAAGCUCACAUUCUCACCAGAGGGCUAAUAGAGCGCAUGUUUGGUGUAUGGAAGAAUCGUUUCCAGUGUCUCCGAAAUACACUGCGGUUUGAUCCUAGGAGGUGCUGCAUUGUUAUUAUUGCAACAGCAGUGCUUCAUAAUUUUCUUAAACGGUGCGGCUGCCCAGACCCUGAUAUUGAAGAUGAUGAUGACCAACAUGUCCCCAUCCCUGAGCUAGCCAAUGACAGAAAUGGACUUGCUUACAGAGAUGCUUUUGCUUUGCAGCACUUCUCAUAA